AUGACAUCCUCUAUAAAUAAAGCAAAUGAUAGUAAAUCUAUUUCCGAUUGUGCCAUUUGUGGAGAUAAAGCAACUGGAAAACAUUAUGGAGCACUUUCGUGUGAUGGAUGCAAGGGUUUCUUUAGAAGAACUGUUAGAAAGAAAAAUAAUUAUGUUUGUAGAUUUAGUAGACAGUGUAAUGUUGAUAAAGAUCAUAGAAAUACUUGUAGAAGAUGCCGUUUUGAUAGAUGUAUUGAAAAUGGAAUGCGAAAAGAAGCUGUACAAAAUGAAAGAGAUCGAAUAAGUAGUUAUGCAAAAAAUAAUUCCGAAGAAAUUAUGGAUUUUACGGAGGAGGAGAUGAUUGCUUCAAAAUGUAUUCAAUCACUGUUAGAAGCUGAAGCAAAAACUAGGCAAUUACGUGCUAGUGUAAUAACAAGAACAGCUUCUGGUUUUAAAACAGCUACAACUCUUGAUGUGACUGAUAGUAUGUCACAACAAUUAAUUUUAAUGGUAGAAUGGGCAAAAAAUUUGCCACAAUUUCAAUCACUUCCUAUGGAAGCACAAGUCGGGUUACUAAGGCAUUUUUCAUCACAACAUUUAAUAAUGUGUGCAGCAUUUCGUAGUAUACAUGUAAAUGAUGCUGUUUGGUUGACAAAUGAAUCAUGUCUACUUCGAGAUUCAACAGAAAUACCAGAUGUUAACAAAGUUGCUGAAAAAAUUCUUGAUCAUCUAACAAAACCAAUGAAAAAUUUAUUAAUGGAUGAGAAGGAGUAUGUAAUUAUGAAAGCAAUAACAUUUUUUGAUUGUAUGGCUAAAGGAGCUGAGGUUGCUGCAGAUGAAAUUCAAAAUAGUAGAGAAAUAUAUUUAGGAGCUUUGGAGUAUCAUGUUUUAAAAAUGUCAAAAAAUGGUGCUAGUACAAAAAGGCUAGCCAACUUGUUAUUAUUGUUACCACCAAUUAUGGCAAUAGCUAGAGAUUUAGUAGAAGAUGUUCAGUUAGCAAAAUUAUUUGGUUUAGCUAAUGUUGAUUCUUUGAUGGUUGAGUUAAUGUUACCAGGAGAGGCUGGCACUGAAAAUUAUAAUCAUUUAAAGUCAGUCACUAGUGUUCAAAAAGAUGUCCAAUCUUUAGUUAAGUCGGAAUUUAAGGAAUUUAAAUAA